AUGGCGAAGGUGCCUGGCGAGGACGCCGAGCCGGGCACAUUCGAGCCGCUGAUAUGGUGUCGUCCACGCGCACGCCUGCUGGCCGCGAGGGUGGUGUGUGGAUUCUACGAGGUGCGGGAGCCGCGGGAGGUUCCUCGCGCGGACCUGGAUGAGAUCUUCCCUGCAGUCCAUGGAGUGGCAAACGGACUCAGGCGCGCGGAGGAGCCCCGGCGGCGGCGUCGGGGCUCUUCGGCCAACUGGCGAAAAGACGGCCUCAGAGAGGCUGAAAUUCUUCGCUACAAAAGCCAAAUGGGGCAGUGCCGCAGAGGCAGCUGCUUCCCACGAGCCGGAACUGCCUUCCACGGUCAGAGCUGCUGGAAAAGCAGAGGGCUAGAAAUUGCGGUUGUUAACAUAGAGCGCUAA